AGCAAAGGUAAGAUUGGUUUCUCCCCACCCAACUUCAUAAAUAAAAUCGGUGUUCAUCUGUGCAAAAUGGACUAAAUAACAAUUUCCCAUUCGCAUGUGAAUGUUAUUUGCAUCCUAAGCAGUUAAUAUGUAUGACAAUUGUUGUGUUUUGUGUGGUGACUUGUAAAUAAAUUGCUUUAUGUUUCGGAAAUGUAGGCCCACGGCUACAUGCUAGCGCAACGAGUUGUAACUUGAGCAGAUUUCACGUUUGACCAAUGUUACGUUUAUGUACCCUGGUUUAGACGUUAAUGGCUUGUCAGCGGAUAUUACUUAUCUAUGUGUAAUGGCAUUUUUUAUAGAGAAUUGCCGAAAUAGUCAAAAGGUUAGCCAGCUAGAUUGCUAGAUGUAGCUACCGGCUACGGUAUAACGUCAUGCGUGCGUGUUCACUCCCAGGUUUGAGGUGUUUUGGCGAACUCUGGCAUAUUGACAAGUCUGUCGUGCCUAACUAGUUAAUUGACUGUUUAAAAUGUCAGAGUUUUACCUGCACGCUGGCAUUGAUAUGUUUCUGUUAUGCUAGCAAGUCGCAGAUGUGAUCUAUCGAAAUGUUUAUGGUAAACUAACUACUUAAUAACAAUGGCUAAAAGGCCACCUCCCAGUAUGGGGCCUGCUGGUUAUAUUGUAUUGGAAUAUGACAAACUAGUACUUUAGUUACCUGUUAUUGAAUAUCUGGAGCCACAAAUGUGCUUAACUUAGUUUGCUAGCUCUCCUGACCUAUGACCUGCAACCUCUGAGCAUCAUACCAUCAAAGGAUCUAGCUAGCCAGCAUGAUCAGUUCAUGAUUCACCAGUAAUGCAUCCAGUGAUUAUAUAAAUAUUGUUCCAUAGUAUUGUAUCCAUGUGUUUUAACCCAUUCGGGUCCCCUGGUCUGUCCCAAGAUGGCAGAGGGAGACAAGAAGAAGGUGGCCAAGAAGGCUCAUUGCAGCCGGAACCCUGUCCUGGCCAGGGGCAUUGGUCGCUACUCCCGCACCGCCAUGUACGCCCGCAGGGCCAUGUACAAGAGAAAGACCAAGACCACUGAGACCAAGAUUGAGAAGAAGAUGAAGGUCAAGACUCCAUCCACAAUCACCAAGACUGUUGGUGGAGACAAGAAUGGAGGCACUCGUGUUGUCAAGAUGCGCAAGAUGCCCCGUUACUACCCCACAGAGGAUGUGCCCCAUAAGCUGAAGAACCAUGGUAAGAAGCCUUUCAGCCAGCACAAGAGGAACCUGCGUGCCACCAUCACCCCAGGAACCGUGCUUGUACUACUCACUGGGCGCCACCGUGGAAAGCGUGUUGUGUUCCUGAAGCAGCUCUCCAGUGGUCUCCUGCUUGUAACUGGUCCCCUGGCCCUGAACCGUGUUCCCCUGCGCCGGGCACACCAGAAGUUUGUCAUUGCCACAGCAACCAAGGUUGACAUCUCUGGCAUGAAGAUCCCCAAGACUCUGUCAGAUGCCUACUUCAAGAAGAAGAGGCUGAGGAGACCCCGCCACCAGGAAGGAGAGAUCUUUGACACAGAGAAAGAGAAGUACCAGUUGACAGUGCAGAGGAAGGAGGACCAGAAGGCUGUGGACUCUCAGCUUCUACCCCUCAUUAAGAAGGUUCCCCAGCUGAAGGGCUACCUGCGAUCCUCUUUCUGCCUCUCCAAUGGGGUCUACCCUCACAAACUGGUUUUCUAAAUGUGUUGUAAUAAAGAGUACCACCACAGUC